CAUGGCGGGAACGGUCCCAUGCACAUUCUCUGUACCUGCUUGUGCCGAGACAGUUAACAGUCCGAAAUUGACGGUGCCGAAUGGCACGGAAGUCCGCGUAGUUUAUAUUUUGUGUGUUCCAUGGUUGAAUAAUUUUUAACUCAAAAUAUUUAUUACAAUAUUAAUUAUUAAAAAGCGUUUAGUAACGGGAUUGAUUAUUAUAAUAAUAUAUUGAACACGUUGGAUUCAUAAUCACUAGAAUAUUUUCGUCUUUUUUUAUAUAAAACUUUGAACUUUCGGAAGGCGACGACCGUUUCAAAAAUGGUGAUUCAUGCACAUCAGCAGAAUGGUGUCCUCAAUUUAUCACGGAGCACGUUCACUCUAUGACGAUCUGUGGUGUGGCCUCCAUGAAGAGCAUGUACCCGGUGGCUUGGAAACCCAAAUACUUUUUGUUCUCUGCCAUCCUACACGUGUGCAGUUUAGACUUGGUGUUGGGUGGCAUGUGCUGGGCAUCGAUGGGUAAAAAUGGCUUGUGCAAAGACUUGUUGGCUGAACGCUUGUCGAAAGAGCAAUGCUGCAAGUUGGGUGGUAGUUCCGUUUCUACAUCCUGGAGUCCAACCGAUUUGGAGCCCGGGGCACUGUUUUUCUGGCGCGUCUUAGGCGAUGGCGUGCCAUGCACUAAGUGCAAAGCAUCGUGCACGGACGUGGAAUGUGUUCCUGGAAAGAAGUGUGUUAUGCGGUCCGGCUCGCCAAAAUGCAUCUGUUCACCCAACUGCAAAGAACGCGGCGGAUUCAAGGGCCCUGUGUGCGGCACGGACGGCGUUUCAUACAAGUCACACUGCCGACUGAAAAAGAGAUCGUGUCGUACCAGAGAUCAAUCGUUGUCAGUCGACUAUAUUGGCAUGUGUCAGAAUUCGUGCAAUAAAGUCGCCUGCCCUACAGGCAAAUACUGUCUACAAGAUCAGAAUCUGAUACCGCACUGCGUCAAGUGUGCCACUUACUGUUCUAGAGGCUUGUUGUCGACUAGAUUCGUGUGCGGGUCCGAUGGCUGGACAUACCAAAGCCCGUGUCAUCUGCGCGAAGCCGCCUGCCGGAUAGGAAAGGCCAUACCAAUAGCUUACAAAGGAGUUUGCAAGAAAUCUGCUACGUGUGCAACGAUAAGCUGCAAGAGCGGUCAGAAAUGCCUGGUCGAGAAAAAGACCGGACGUCCGAGAUGUGUAACGUGUAACCUAUUAUGCUCAGAAGAGGAAACUUCGGGAAAGCGCAAGGAUACCAACGGAAAGGUAUGCGGUAGUAACGACAAGACGUACCACUCUUGGUGUCAAAUGUUCAUGGACGCGUGCGCUACGGGUGUAGUGAUAGAGACCAAGGCAUCGGGACCGUGCCGAGGAGACAAACCAUCGGAUGUAUUCAACAGCAAUUGGAAUUACGUGAACGGUUCAAACGUACUCAUCGAUGGAAUUUGAACAAGACAAAUCGACUAUCAGAAACGUGAUAUGAUUCCUUUAGACAAAUUUAAUGCACAACAUAUAAUAUUAUAUACAUACCUAUAAUAAUUAUACACCCAUAUGCUAAUAUUAAAAUAUUAUAAUACAAUAUAUAUUUUAGUGAAAUUAAAUUAUCGAUAUUAUAAUAUCACGCGAUUCUACAUACACACCUAUAUAUAAUAUUAUACCUACUAAAAGUACAGUCAUGUAUAAUACAUUAUUACCUAUACAUUUUAAGUACAAUUAUUAUAACUGAAGUAGUAUUAUAAUAAAUAUAAUAAUUUAAUAUCACACCCUGAAAGUAUUUACGUCCAGACUAAAAUAAUUAUAUUAUAAUAUUUAUUAGUUUCUUUUGUAAAAUAUAACUAUACCGGCUGUAAUACUAUAUAUUAUUAUGCAUUAUGCAAUUUAGAUUAUAUUAUAUAAUAUUUUAAUGGUUAAUAAUAUUUAUUCAGAGUUUUAUCGAAUAAAAAUUAUAUUGUUUUUCGCGAUUUAUCGUCACGAGACGGAGGACUCGAUCCACGUCAAUAUUAUUAAAACAUAAUAGUAUAAUAUUAUUAGUUUAUCACAGUCGACCGAAUAGUAUUAUUAUAAUAAAUUUAUAAUCUAAUAUAAGACGUAGAAUUGAUA